AUGUAUUCUUUAACAGAAGAAAUAGGUCUUUUGAAUCCCGUUCAAGAUUUGCUAGCUAAAGAAAAUCAAGAAGAUAACGAUUGGUCUAUGAUUAUGGAAGUUGAAGUUGAAGAUCCCACCUACAAUUCUUCAUCUGAUAAGAUUGAUGAAAAAAACAUCAUAAUAAAUGGUAAGAACAACCAACAUUUCCUGCAGAAGAACAAUGAAACAGUAACAGAACAUGGUACUUCUCAGCAUUCCAUACUCAUACCUGGUGCAACAAUAUGUGGAUCGUUUUUGUGCUAUAACCAGGGACAAUGCUAUACUAACUUACAUUCGCCUUCUUCAAAAUGCUUAUGUCCACUUGGAUAUUCAGGUGAUUUCUGUGAUAAAGUGGAUGAAGGAUACCAGUUUCCGUAUAUCGAGCAAGGUGGUUAUCUAAAAUUUUAUUUUAAAUCGUCUGCGUUAUACAGUGGUAUCAAUCAUAGUUUUAUCGAAAGAAGUAAUCAAGUGUCAAUGAAUAGUACUAAUACCUAUAAAGUGGACUUUGAAAUACGACCAAGCCUUACUGAUGGAAAUUAUUUAUUAGUCAUUCCAUGGUCGGAUGUUAUACAUUAUGAAAAAUAUCUGAAAAAUGUCAAUGAUAUGGAGUUCAGUUAUGUCUCGUUUGGUGGACAUCCUAAAUUAACUAAAACAGGAGGUCCAAUUCAUUUUCUUGGUUAUAUUUUUGAGCAAAGUUAUAGUGGCUGCAUACAAAAUAUACGGAUUAAUGAAGUUCCUAUAGAUCCUAGACGUAAGGCUUUCUUAGGAGAUGCUGUGGAUGGGUAUGGGAUUACUAAUUGUGGUUUUGGUUUAUGUGAAAAGAAAAAAUGCAAAAAUAAUGCCUCGUGUUUGCAAACAUCUGGUUCCAGUGUUAUUUGUCAAUGCCCUUUGGGAACUUCGGGUCGACAAUGUGAACAAAGAGUUGAGCUAAUAAUGCCGUUCUACAAUGGAUAUUCGUACACCGAGUAUUUCGGAUUGAGUGGAACAUCAUCAUCAUUCACCACCUUGGAACUUCAAUUUAGACCAUCACAACCAAACGGGCUGAUUUUAUAUGAAGGUUAUAGUCAUGAUAGGCGUGGGGACUUCUUGGCUAUUAUGUUAGUUCACGGAUAUGUUGUAGUGGCGUUUGACUUAGGUUCCGGUUCAGCGUUUUUAAAGAAUGAGAAAGAAAUAAAAUUAAAUGAAUGGCACAUAGUCCAUUUUUGGAGAAUUGGUCGUGAUGGUUAUCUCCAAGUCGACUCAGAUGAGCAUAUUAUGACAAAUUACUCAUUCGGUUUACAAGUUCAGCUAACGUUAACUUACUCUUUGUAUCUUGGUGGACAUCCAAAUGCUAAUUUUAUAUCAACCCAUAUAAAACCAUUUAUUGGAUAUGCAACAAAUUUGAGUAUUGGAUUUCAAGGAUGCAUCAGUAAAAUUGAAACAAACGGAGUACUUAUUGAUCCUAUUAGGGAUGCGAUAGGUGGCGUGAAUAUUUUAAAUUGUCCUGGACAAGAAUGUGGAUUUCCAAACCCUGUAUGUUUAAACAACGGGAAAUGUUUACAGGACUUAAAAGGUUUUACAUGUUUAUGUCCUCUUGGAUUUCAGGGGAAGAAUUGUAAAGAAAUCACUUCACAUUCUGAACUGAUUUCAGCUGAAUUAUUGGGUAUUUUACGCGAUUUUACACGAACUAUUCAGCUAUCUAAGCAAGCACAAUACAUUUGGAUUACAGAUUCAUGUUCAAAAAAUUUGCAUUUACAACUCCAGGUGACAAACCGUCUAUUCGGUUUUCAUCGUAAUUCAGUGACAUUACAAGUGAUACCCAAUAGUCGUCACUAUCAUAUAUCGCUUGAAUUUCGGCUAUCCAACAAAAGUUUGGGAAAUGGCAUUACUUCUAUGAAAAAUUAUCCGUCAACAAGUAAUGCAUCAUUUAAGCUGUUCAAACAAUAUUUGGUCUAUGGUGUAUUUCAAGGUGUACACAAAAUACAAAAUAUAUUAAUUCAGCUUCUUUCCAGCAGAAGACUAAAAUUAGGUCUAGAAUAUGUAGACACUGAAAAAUAUAUAGUCACCUUAUCUAACGUGACUAAUCAAUCCUCGAACAAUGAUGAAUUAUGGAAAAUUGGCCGUAACCAAUUUAGUCAACGUAUGUUGAUACAAAUGUAUGACAUUUCAGAGAAGUUAGAGUUGAGACACGAUUGGCACAAACUCAUACUUACAAAAAGUAAUGCUGCUUUUCUUUUAGGAGGAAUCCCUGAAACUCUACAUGCACAAAGACGAUACCUGGAACUGAUGAGUAAUGGAUAUUCAUCUUCACAUAAAGAGAAUGUUUUUAUCAAAUCCAAAAAUUUCAAUGGUUGUAUAAAGAAGUUAGAAAUUAAUGGACAUCCUACUUCAUUUGGUCAUGUUGCUGACGGGCAAGAUAUUACUCAAUGCACAUGA